ACUGUUAACCAUCAUUUAUUUUCUCUUUGAGCAGAUGCAAAUAUACAUAAUCUCACACAAAAACUAAGACCCCCUACACCAAGCACAACAAACCUGGAGCACGGAAUAAAAUCCCUUUUGAUUCAGGUGUCCCAUGAUAUUUGCACAGAUGUGGUUCAUGGCAGGCCGCAGACUUUCUCCUGCAAGAGGAACACCACAGAAGGAGACAGCUGGCAAUUGCAGCUAAAUCAUACACUAUGGGGCAAACUGCUCUCCAGAGAACGGGCUGGUCUUAUAAUUCAAAAUUAAGUGGGCAUCUAAUGCCAACCUUAAAGCCCCAAACCUUGGAAGUUACUUCACGUAUCUCUAUCUCUGUACUACAUACUUUGUGAACAAAACAGAUGCUGAGCAGACACUUUCUUCUGCAGGCAAGGCAGAAACAGUGCCAUCCAUCACUCAUCUUUGAGAAGCUGACAAGAUUCCACAGCAAGUAUAAAAAAGCCUUGUCAUUUUGGCUAGUAGAAAGCCCUAGAAAAAUGGAACUCGACACACCUACCUUUCCCCCUCAGGAUUCUCCAAGUGGAAGUGUCCGUAAAUGUCACCAGCAUUGUGAGGUGCAGAUUCACCAGCUUAGAGUCUUGCAAUAUGUCUGGCUAGGGGAAAGAACCGCCAGAGACAUGAAAUGGAAGUCUGGAAUGGUCACAGGCCAGUGAAAACACACACAAAACAGACAGCCAAGGCAGUCCAUACCUUAAGCAGCUUCAGAAACUCACAGCAAAGCCACAGCACAUCCUUGACCUGCUUAAUCCACAUCAGUGUGAGCUCCUUCGAAAGUGCAAGGGACACAUACCACACCUGUGGGCAAGUGACAGAAGACCAUGAUAACUGCGGGAGGGGAGGGAGAGGCCAUCAUUCAGUCACUGGACUGGGAAAAUGCAGAACAAAGCAUUGUCACCCCAUAAUUCAGAGCUGCAGUGUGUAUGUGGCAGGAAAGCCUCUGACAUUGGUUGUUUUAGAACAACCACAAAUAUUCAUGUUUCUCGGAAACACUAGCCAGCAAUGCUCCAGCAUAUGCUUAUGGAAUUAAAAAAUUCUCCACCUGCUCUUGGGGAUAUUUUAUGGAAAAAAUAUGCACACACUCUCAUGUUAAAGUCUAUGAAAAGUGACUUUAGCUCACCUUAGGGUCAUUUUCAGCAUCCAUACUGUUAAGGAUACAGCGGCACAACUUUUCAAAUCUCUGCAAUGAAAAGCAGGUGAGUUAAUAUGAAAUUAUAAUCAUUUUGUUGCCUCAAUCCAAUGGUUCCUGCAAAGCAGCGCUUUCCAUUAUUUCCAGUAAACAGACUUCACUCUUACAAUCCAAAGGUUGUCUUUUGCUCAAGAUCGUAAGAGCAGCCCUGCUGGAUGAGGCCAAUGGCCCACCUAGUCCGGCAUCCUGUUCUCCUAAUGGCCAGUCUAAGGCUGCCGUACAGUCCCUAAGCAGAGCACGAGGCUCAUGCACUGACUGGUCUCCAGUGCAGUUACUCUUUCAGAGCAGCGUCCUCCCUCUAGAUUAGGGAUGGGGAAUCUGUGGCCCUCAAGAUGUUGCUGGACUCCAACUCCCACCAGCCCCACCAGCAUGGCUGAUGGUCAGGAAUUAUGGGAGUUGGGAGUCCAGCAGCCUCUGGAGGAUCACAGGUGGGGACAUCCCUGCUCCAAGGAUAGGGCAUUCUGCAUUGUGUCAGUUGGUUCACUCAAUCAUUUGGAACAUAAAAAAAAAGCAGAAUGGCCCAGGACUCCUACAAAAGGAGAUAUAUCCCAAGUGGAAAACUCACACAAAGGGAGAGCAGCAGUUCUUUCUAUGGAUAUGUGUUUUUGGGCUCAGCUUACCUCUUGAAAAAUGCAACAGUUCUCCUAUGGAACACAUAUUUGCCCCUGCAGAGACUCUGGGGCUCAGGAUCAUUUUCAGAAUUCGGGCAAGCCUGGAAGUAGGCAGAAUCUGCUGCUGCAGUAAGUAGUUUCUGUCCAAGCUCACAUUGUUCCAGAAAAUUCUCCCUCCCCAUUCUGUGACUGGAACAGCCCCACCCCUAGCAUCAAGAAUAAAUAGCAUGCAACGAGGAGACCUUCAGCAAAGCAGUAGUACCUCUUUGUCAUCUUGGCACCUGAAAACAAAGAGCAGCUUCCGGGAUAUUUUGAAGAUCGAAAGUGCUGUCUUCUUGCCAGGCCCGUUUGCAUCAAAAAAGUCAUCCACUUCUCUCCUGGGGAGCACAAAGGAAAGUCCAAAAGAAAAGGUACAAUGUAAUUUGAGAAAGGCUGGUGUGUGCAGGUGAGGUAGGAUUUCCCGCCUUCCAUGACAAAUGACAACACUGUUCAGGUUCUUUCCUCUGGAUAGAGGCAGCAGAAGGAGCUGCAGAUCGGCUCAGAGCAUACAUGGCAGAACAGGUCAAGAUGCCCACACACAAUGACUGACUUAAGAUAUUUCCCUAGCUACACUGGGUAGGUGGUUCAGGAAUUUGCCAGCGCCCUAGAGAGGCAAAGGGCCCACCAAUGCCCCAAGAGCAAUGCCACGCUCACUUUGCUCAGAGGAUCCAAAAAGUUCAAAGGCAGCAGGAGAGGAUUUGGAUCUUGCAGCACCCCCCUCAUCGAAGACAAGGGACCCUGGGAGCCAGCACUGGCAUAGCCACUGGCAAAAGGCUUCAGUCCCCAGAGGCCAAAAGCCAAAUCCACCCAGCACCUGCACACGCAUUGCACGCACCUGAUUUCCCGCUGCAAACGACAGCGGCACAAGAACCUUCGGACAAGGGCCUGGAUCUGCACUGCCGCUCGCUCGCGCUCCUUCAGCUCCCGGCGCUCCUCACGCGCCUGGCGCGCCUUGUCAAGGAACUGGGCCUUAGACAACUGGGCUGCGCUGAACAUUUUGGAGGUCUCUGGCAACAGAAGGAGAGGGGAAGGACAGCUGGGAAAGCUGUGCCACACCUGCUUGCAUUGCCUACAACACAAUAGGGAACAGAACUCCUCUUGGGUUCUGCCGAGAUCCCUUUACUCACUUACCGUCAGGUUAGCUACUGAGCAGGCAUCCUUUAUUUUGGGCACCCCUUUUCUAGCAUCACCCGGAGUUCUGUUUUUCCAAAAGGAAAGGGUCCACCUAACACAGCAUCCUGCAAAUUGAACCCUUGGCUGCCACCUUCUCUAUUCAUGCUUUAAUUCAGAUGGUGAGCUUUUAGGCAGAGAGCUGCUCCUUCACAACUACACAGAGCACUUUCCCAAACAUCAAAUGAAAACGAUCUCCCUCAGCCUUUCCCAACCUGGACAGGUGAGGUCCCUGGGAUGAAGCGGAAGUGGCUGUCUGGCAUGAGGCGCGAGCCCACCGCAUUCAGAGAACCAGGCAAAGGCUUACGGCUAGCAGGCCGGAAAGCAGGGCUCCCAAACGGAUCUAGGGCGCUCCUCCUCCCGGUCUCCCCUGCCCCACCCAGCACUUUCCUCCUCACCUCUCUCUCUCUCUCUCUCUCUCUCUCUCUAGCCGAGGCAGAGGAGCUCUCGGGCCGCCAUUCGGGAGUCGAGGAGGCCCCCCCCCCGGCUCUGCGGGAGAGGCAGGAGGUCAGCCACUGGAAUCUCGCCCCCGCCGCGAGCUGCGCCUCAGGACCCUCCGGCUCCGCGCCAGCGAGGGCGGCGCCAACGCCGCGCGCGUCCUACCUGCCAGGGUCGUCGGGAGCUCCCACGGGGAUAGAGUGUGUGUCUGUGUGUGUGUGACCCGCUAGUUGUUAGGCGCUGUUCUGCUUUGCCCUUCCGCCGCCUCCUCCUCCUCCUCCGUCGCCUCGAUAACGGCCGCCUCCCCCCCUUCCCCUCCCAAAGAACUCCAAGGAGGACCGCCAGAAACGGACCAUAGAGUCAAGGAAAACACCGGCGCUUCCGGCCCUUGGGAAGAAACCGGUCGCUGGCCCGGAAGUCCCGCCUCUCCUCCUGCAGCCGGAGCGCAAGAGGCAUAGAGAUGGGAGGAGGCUAGACUUGCCCAGUCGCGACCGGCGCUCCCAGGAGCUGGCCCUGUCCGUUGCUUUCAUUCCUCCGUCCGGAAACUCAGGUCCUUGGGAUUUGGGUUCCGCCCACCUCCUUGUGGAAAAAGCCGGGGAGGAACGCAAAGGAGCAUGGGUAGAAUCGGGGUGGGGCUCGGCAGAAAAGUUUUUGGGGGCGCCCCGCCCCUUCCUCGCGUGCGUCACCCGCUGCUUCUUCCUCGUCUUCGCCUCGGGACCUGGUUGGCUGAGGGGGGCCUCGCGAGGGGCUGUUCAUGGUGAGCGAAGGGGGGGGACUUCGGAGGGGCGGGGGGGGUCUGGUGAGGAAGCCCUUGGGGCGGGGGGGCCUCUCAGGCAAGUCCCUUUGGGCAGAGCCCAGCGAAAGGGGGCGACCUCUUCUCCUCCUCCUCCUCCUCCUCCUCUCUGGCUUCAGAGACCCCGUGUCCUUCAGCGGGGAGAAGUUUCGAGUGGGCCCCAACCUCCCCGGCCUCCCUCAGUCUGCCCCCCCCCCCCCGUGAGCAUGAGGAUGAAACCCAACAUCAAUAAAAUCAGUUCCGAUUCCGAUGAUGAUCUGUUCUGUAGGGCCAUCAAUGUGCGUGGCAUUUUAGAGCUUGGCACGGGAGGGAGGCGGGGCUUAGGAAGUGAUAAACUGUGCAGUAAAUGCCCAGCCCCCUUCUCCAACCUGGUGCCCUCCAGAUGACAACUCCCAUCAGUUCUCAUCAGCACAACUUGGGAGUUGUAAUAAUAUUUUUUCAUACCCCGCCCACUUGACUGGGUUGUCCCAACAACUCUGGACAGCUUCCAACAUAUAUUAAAACAGAACAGAACCCUAAACAUUGAAAACCUCCUUCAGGUGUCUUCUUAAGUUGUCCAAGUCAUCUGGAGGGAGACAGACUUUCAUGUUCUUUCAGUGUAAAUCCUAUGCAGGUUUACUCAGAAGUGAGCCACACCUUGGAUGGCCCCUAGGGCAGGGGAGAGGAUAGCAAAUGGGAUGCCAUGAGACGGUCUCGUGGGUCACCAACGGGGAGUGCAUACGUGAGGCAGGGAGUGAAUUCAUCAGAUGAAACUGCUGGACCUAAAGAAGGACUUCUUCACUCAACACAUCAAUGUCCUAUGGAACUCAUUGCAAGAAGAUGUGGGAAUUGCUGUUAAUGGGUCGUGAGGGUUCUGGGAAGGAGGAAUAGGGGGAGGCCAGGCAAAGAUGGGGCAUACAAGAAAGGUUUAAGAAGCGGGUGGUGGACUGUUGAAUAUUUUAGUUUGUUGCAUGUGGAUACUUUCCAUGUGGGCUCUUCCUCUGUGGGGAAAGUCCACCAAACAUUCUGCACUGGAGUCUUUAGAAAACCAGUCAAGACCAUUCUCUCCCACCAGGUUUUUGAGAAUAGGGGACCAGUUUAGGGUGCUCCAUUAGAACAGUCUUUCCCAUACCUUGGUGCUCUCCAGGGGCUUUGGACGACAGCCUCAACCAGCACAACCAUGGGAUUUGUAGUCCCAAGACAUCUUGAAGAGUGCCAGUUUGACAGAGAGCGUAUUAGAGUGUUGAUCUGCAUUGCAGGGUGUUGGACUAGAUGAUCCUUGGGGUCCCUUCCAACUGUACAAUUCUAUGAUUCUAUCUGACUGCUCUGCUUCCGGUUUGUAUUUUUAGACGAAUGUGUGUUUUGUAGUAAAUUUGUGUUAUUGUGAGCCACUUAGGGAUCCUCUGAAGGGCAUGGAGAUAUGAGGAAAGUCUUUCAAACCCCCCACCCUUCCCUUCUCUUUAUUUCAUGUUAUUAUAAACAUAUGAACUGAUUUACUUGUGCUCCAUUAAGGAUCACAACAAGAUGGAAGGUAAGACCUUUCACUUACAAACCCGUUGUGUCAUAAACUAUCCAAGCAUAAUUCAACUAAUGUCUCGCCUUUAUAUCGGCUGCGAAAAGUCUUUAAAUGGUUCCAAAUUAUACUUGUGUUUUACCUACUCCAUAAAGGGCAACUGGGUUCUCUCUGCUCUGUCUCUCUUCUCUUAAUCAUACCAUCUCGGUAAGCUUAGACAUUGCAGCAGCAGCACAACAACAUGUAUUAUUAAGUCACUCUUGUUCACUUGGAAUUUACUUGAAUUAGCCAUUGGGCUGCUGUUAAGCACAUUGUCUGCUCAGCUCACCCCAGAAGUGUACAGUGGUGCCUCGCAAGACAAAAUUACCGGUAAUUCGUUCCGCGAGUUUUGUCGUCUUGCGAUUUUUUUCGUCUUGCGAAGCACGGUGUCAGGAAAGUUUUGGAAAAGCUUCAAAAAUCACCAAAGUCUUUAAAAACCUCAAAAAAGGCUACCACACCGCGUUCUAUGAGUUGCUCCUCGAAGUCAAGUCGCAACUGUAUUAACGGUAUUAAGAAAAAGGAAACAAACUUGCAAGACGUUUCCGUCUUGCGAAGCAAGCCCAUAGGGAAAAUCGUCUUGCGAAGCAGCUCAAAAAACCCUUUCGUCUAGCGAGUUUUUUGUCUUGCGAGGCAUUCGUCUUGCGAGGUACCACUGUACCAGGAAUAUCUAAGUAAGUCAGAUUCUCCCCCAGCCACAGAAAUGUUGCUAUCCUUUUUCCUCUUGGCUCUUCCUUUCCUAGCUGGGUUGUUUUUAAUCCUGACUUGUCAGGUUUUAUCUAAUGCAUCCCUGAGAUAAGGUGGGAAUUGGAGCUCCCCUUGACUGGUAACAAGAUGCCGCAUGAAACAUUCAGCACUCUGUUUCAUUAUUAAUUGACUUCCUCCCCUGCCUUCAGGCAGCCUAAUAAUUUAACCAUGGCCUUAAAGCUCCCCUCUGACAAAGCUCUUUCAUUGGCUUUGUGAUGGUGAGUGGGACUUUAAUUUCCCCUCUGUGCAAAGCUUGAGGCCCUGAUAAGCUCAUUGUUCUGAGGUGGCUGGUGAUCUAAGUUUAUUGUUAGCACAGAAGCCUGGCCAGGCCUGAUAAAGUGAAAAAGAGCCUUUCUGCCAUUUGUCACUGCCCCAGGAGAUUUCCAAACCUGAUAGAUCUCCAAUGCAGCCCCUUGAUAAGGUCAGAGAAGGGCUCCUUCUGGCUAGUGACUCAUGCCUGCUUUGUCCAUUGCAGAGGGAUAGCUUUGCUGUUCUGUGGUACCUCUAAAGACCUCAUGUGUUUGUUUUGAUAGGCUCUCACUCACAAUGGGUGGGGUGGGGUGUGGCACAGCCAUUUUCAUACUGCAUUCUGGGCUUAUUCAGAAGCUUUUGGGGCACGGGGCACCUUUGGAAAGAAGCUAUAAAGGGGACCACAAAAUGCCAAUUCCACAGAAAAUAAACCAGCAGUGCUCAGAACUCCACCCAUUUCCAAAAUGGCAGGAAAAACCUACACCCACCCACACCAAUAGACAAAGGAACCCCCUCCCCAAAAUAUGUGCCCUCUCCAACCAAACAACUCCCUCCCCAAGCAAUUUUUAAAAACAGAGCAGAGGACUUGGGCAAGGGCCAUGGGAGGGUGCUGUUGGGGACCCCAAGCUUAGGCUCUUGUAGAUCACAAGUUGGCAGCUAUUAGGAAGAACUUUAUCUAACACCAGGGCUGUGUCACUUGAGGUUGGAAUCCUUUUGACAGUCUUAAAUGCAGGAGGGUGAGAAGGCGUCUGUUUGUAGAAUAACUCUCUGGCUGAUGUUUAGGGAAAGGAGGGGCAGGUGGGAAGAACAAGAGAGAUUGCUUCAUUGUCUGUACUGCUUGCACUGUGGAAAAGCUGACCAAAGAGCUUCUUGGGACUGAAGCUGAAAUUCCUUGGCUGAAUUCAAAAUAAGCCAAGCCCUUACUGCAGAGAAAGGCAGCGUUGUGAACUGGCUUUGGUGGGGAGGGAGUCACUCAGGAGUCAGCCAUGAAGAUGAUAAGCACACACAUAACCUGACCAGGAAUCAUCAACCUUCCCCCCCCCCCAGCCUGAAGCAGCUCAUCUUUUGCUUGCAAUUCAGUUCUUACACACUCUCAAAAGUAUUUCAAAAGGCCAAUGAGAGCAACUGAGUGAUGAAAUUAUGCAAAAAUCCUGACGUUUCUCUGAGAAGUCCUGACGCUAGUUUCCUUACUGAGUUUUGCCAAGACACUUCCUGCUGCCUCGCACUGUGUACCCACACUGCACCCACGUGAGAGCCCAAUAACUAGCAACAACAUAAGAAGAGCCUGCUGGAUCAGGCCAGUGGUCCCUCAUUCUGUUCCCACGGUGGCUAACCAGGUGCCUCUUUUAAAGCCAUCUAAGUUAGUGGCUAUCCCUGCCUCCUAUGCACUGCUUGAAGAAGUACCUUGUUUUACCUCUCUGGAGUCUUCCAGCGUUCAGCAUCAUUGGAUGCCCAUGAGUUCUAAUGUUCUGAGAGAGAGAAACACUUCUCGAUCCACUUUCUCCAUGCCAGGUAUCAUUCAAUAAAACUGUCCAGUUGCCUCUUACUUGCCUUUUCUCUAUACUACAAAGUCCGAAAUGCUGCACCCUUUCCUCAUAGGGGCAUCUCUACAUCCCCUUUAUCAUUUGGUCGCCCUUUUCUGAACCUUUCUUGCAACUCCCAGCCUUUUCUCUUAGGAACUAAGGGUGACAUACCCUGUUCCCUCCCUCAUUUAAACCCUAUGACAACCCUGUGAGGUAGGUUAGGCUGAGAGACUGUGGCUGGAACCCAAAGUCACCAAGUGAACCUCAUGGCCAAGUGGGGAUAGUCCAACACUAACCGCUGGCCCCCAUGCCUCGACUUCCCUUCCACAACUUGGCGCCACCCCGUAUGCUUCUUCACUGGGACGCCUAUGAAGCCCAGCCUGCAGGCAGGCAGGCAUCUGGAGGUGGCUGUUUGUCAGUGCCAGACUCUGCUUACGUUCUUCCCAGCCCAGGUGGGCUGCUGCCUCUGUGUCCAGUGCCUGAGGCAUUUGAUGGCCCCUGAGCAGCAGGAAGCUGGACCCGAAGGGCCUUGGCUCCAGUCCAGCUGGGCUCCUCUUGGUCCAACCUGUUUAGGAUGCGCAGGUAACCAGAGGGGCAUGAGGGUCCUCACAGAAGGCUCCUUUGCUCUUGCAGGAAGAGAUGUCUGGAGAAACGGUGGUGAGCACUGCAGUGCCAGCAGCCGCAACCCGCACCAUGUCCUUCAAAGGCGCCAGCCCCAGUUCCAAGUAUGUGAAGCUGAACAUCGGUGGGGGCCUGUACUACACCACCAUGCAGACGCUGACCAAGCAGGACACCAUGCUCAAGGCCAUGUUCAGUGGUCGGAUGGAGGUCCUCACCGACAGCGAAGGUAAUGGAGGCCUCCUGGCCAGGAGGGAUGGCAGGGCCAAGAUGGGCAGUGCCAGUGUGCUCUUAAGAGGUGGCUGUUUGAGGCUCCUGUUAGCCUCACUCAAUAUCUUUGCAUUAAUAAAAAUGCACUAUGCAGCACAUAGUUAAACUAUGGAACUCCCUGCCACAGGAGGCAGUGGGUAGCCACUAACUCAGAUGGCUUCAAAAUAAGAUUGGACAAAUUCAUGGAGGAAAGGCUGUUGAUGGCUACCAGGCAUGAGGGCUGUUCUCUGCCUCUCUGGUCAGAGGCAGUAAUGCUUCUGAAUCCCAGUUCCUGGGAACCACAGGAGGGGAGAGGGCUCUUGUCCUCAGUUCUGGCUUGCGGGUUUCCCAAAAGAGGCGUCUGGUUGGCCACUGAGAUGGCCAGAUGCAGCAGGCUCCACUUACAUGCUGACAACUGAAAAAAAUAUAAUGCUAGACUCAAAUGUAUCAGGCAGUUCAUAGUCUAAUAAUAAUGAUGAUGAUGAUGAUGAUAUUCAAAAAAAUUGCCACUUGUUCUGUGAUGGACUUGUCGGAGCCCUGAAGCAAAGUUUUCCUAAGAGUCUCAGAAGGUUGGUCAGGGAGGAACUGAACAAUGGGAUAGAUGAAGUCUGUCAUGGAAGCUGCUCUAUCUAGUCCAGCCUCCUGUUCUCACAGGGAACCAGAUGCCCCCAAGGGAAGCCCACAGGAAGGAUCUGACCCCAGAGCCUCCCCCCCUCCUGCAGCUUCCAGCAUUCAGAAGCGUGGCUGCUUUUUUUUGUGAGGCAAAGCACCAUCCCCAUGGCUAAUAGCCUUGAUCCUCUAGGAAUUUGUUCCAUCCUCUCUUAAGGCCAUCCAGCCGCCCAGAGUGGCUAGGGAAACCCAGACAGAUGGGUGGGGUAUAAAUAAUAAAAUUAUUAUUAUUAUUUCUUCUUAUGCAAGUUGGUGACCAUCCCGGCCUCCUGUGGGAGCGAGUAAGAGCAAUACAGACUUUUGCACCCUCUGAUUUUAAGAAAACUUGCAGGUUUAAUCGCCGUAAGGGCAAAGUAGAGCAAGAUAGCAGGGCUGGAAAGAUAGACUGUCCCUUGUUCCAUUUGGAGCCAUUAUGUAAAACUCGUGGCUUGGAGAACUAAGAGCAUAAUCAGCUUUUCACUGUAAGGCCAUUAAUUCAAGGCACCCAUCAGAUCCUUUGGCCUGCAUUGCCCUUAUUUGUUAAAGACAAGCGUCUGUCCUGCAUAAGCUCCCCCCCCCCGCCACCCUCCUCAAAUGCAUUCUUGUCUCUCUGCCCAUAAACCAAAGCCUUUGGUCUGUUUAUGGCUGGCUGUGCCUUGCUGACGAUUGCGCAGGAAGCUUCCCUCUGAGAAACUGCUUCUCUGGCUGUAUUCAGUCAAGGGCUAGGAGAGGGAGCUGAGGGGGGGUGGAGAAAGAGGAGGCACCCAGUUCCAUUUCAUUGCUUUUUCAUUUUCACUGAUCGCACCCUAAUAAACAGAAUAUGCCAGCAGCAGGAGAUUUUCUAGGGAGCCCUCUUACCUCCUAGAUGCCCUUAGCUGGCCCUUUUGCCCCUUUCUUUAAUAUAAGGGGGGGGGGACUAGAGAAAUGAUUCGCUAGCUGUCAGGGAUUCUUUACCUGUGAUCCCUGCCUUGCAGGGGGGUUGAACGCUGCAAGGAGUUGAACUCCAUGGCCCUUCAGGUCCCUUCCAAUUCUACGAUUCUAUGAAUCUGUUAUUUUGUUGGGUCACUUGCUCAAGGUAACCAGGAGGCCACUUGGGGGCAUGUAAGCCCAGCAUUGCAAAUGAGCCAUCCAAAAUGACAACCCACAAAUAUUUUUACUAGACUGAUGGGCUGUUUAUUUCUUGGCUGCUGAUCAUGGCACUUCAGUGAACCUGAAACGAGUGGGGAGGGGCUUCCUUUUCCAGUUUCCUGCAGCUGAUUCCUAUUUGGUCAAGGCAAGUUGCAUUAGAAUUCCAAAAUGUUCACAGGGCACCUCCUUUUCUAAAGCUUUCUAGAUCUUCCAUUGCCCAAAAUCCUGCUUGGGACUUGAGAUCAGCAUAAGAGGCUCUACUCUCUGCCCUGUCAUUACAUGAGGUGCUAUAAGCAGGUGCAAGAGGUGACCCCUUUUUGUGGCGGCCCCAGGAUUGCAGACUAGCCUCCCAGUGGGAAUAUGCUUGGCCACAGAUGUUCCCCAUCUCCGCUGCAAGGUAUUUAGGCACCCCAAACCUUGGCCUGUUGGUGGUCCUCUCACUGGUAACAGGGAGACGGUGGUUUUGUUCUGCUCUCCUCCUUUGCCUCUUCCUCCAUUAAUUUUCAUCUGCUGUUGUCUCAGGCUGGAUUUUGAUUGACCGCUGCGGUAAACAUUUUGGGACCAUCUUAAACUACCUGCGUGACGGUGCUGUACCCCUUCCAGAGAGCCGGCGGGAGAUAGAAGAGCUGCUGGCAGAAGCCAAAUAUUAUUUGGUCCAAGGUCUGGUGGAUGAGUGCCAGGCUGCCCUACAGGUAAGUAGGCCAUGCAUCAGGCACUUGAGAACCCACAGUGGCUACAAAAGCCCUUUUGUUGUUUGCCUUGGUGAAGACAGGUGUCUUCCGUUGGCGUCAAAACUUGUGCAAUGCAAACACCAUAUUUCUGGCGGGAGAGCAUCCCAGUGAGGGUGCCACCACAGAAAAGGCCCUGUCUUGAGUCACUGCCUGAUGUACCUCAAUUCCUGGUGGCUCUUCAGCUGGGCUAGUAGGUUCUUCCUGGUGGGCUCCUGACUUCUCUUCCACCUCUUGCUUGCGUUCUGAUUGGGUCUCUCGUUUCAGCAGAACAAAGAGGUCUACGAGCCCUUCUGCAAGGUGCCCAUCAUCACAUCCUCCAAAGAAGAGCAGAAACUUAUAGCCACAUCAAACAAGGUGAGCAGCUCUUUGGAUGAGAAAAGCUAUGUUUUAAGCUUGGCAUGUUCACAAACUACACAUUCCCGCAUGGUUUUCACCUCAUUACCUGUACAAUUUGGCUGUGAUUCCUGCAUUGCUUAGGGUUGCACUAGAUGACUUUUAGGUCCCUUCCACCUCUGUGAUUAAGUGUUGGGCUUAAUUUGAAUUAAUUUUAUAAGGAAUGAUUUUAGAGUGUUGUGUUGUGUUGUGUUGUACUGUUGUACUGUUUUAUUGUUGUUAGCCGCCCUGAGCCCGGCUUCGGCUGGGGAGGGCGGGAUAUAAAUAAAAUGUAUUAUUAUUAUUAUCUCUGCCUUCCCUUAGGAACUGGGUUGGGGGUGCGGUGGAGAAUUACCUGCCUCUUUACUCUUUCUUUCUCCUCACCGGUUCCCCACCACCACCUUUAUCUUCACCUGUAUUCUGUCUUUGAAACUUAGAUUGUUAAACCUGCAAGGCCAGGAUCAUAUUACAGCACCCUGAUAUUUUAUAUGGGGUCAGAAUAGAAAGACUUCAGUAAAAACAUAGCAAAGGGGUGGCUAACUGUGACCCUCUGGAUGUUGGGUUCCCAACUCCCAUCAGCCCCAGCCUGCAUGACUUCGUGGUCAGGGAAGAUGGGAGUUGUAGUCCAGUAAUAACUGGAGGGACACAGCUCAGCCACUCCUUGACAGAAGGAUAGACCUAUCAUAAUGGGCAGGUCUGUUCAUGGUUGUACAUGGCCAUGAGUGGAACCUCUGUGUACAGGGGCAGUCUACCUGUGGAUAUCACUUGCUGGCAACAAAGGGAAGAGGGCCUUGGUGAGAAACACAAUGCCAGACUGGAGGAGCUUUGGUCUGAUGCUCCUGCAGGGCUCUUCUGAUAUUCUAAAGCAGCUGCAUUCUGUACCAGAGCUCAUGUGCAGGAGGCAGUUCCGAGUCUUAACCCUCCACCGUGGCUUUGCCCUCCCAAUCUUCACCAUGCAAAGUUUAUGACUGAUUGAUUGAUUGAAUUUGUACCCCACUGUUCAGCCAAAGAGACUGGCAUAUAGUCAAAACAAGACAGUCUCUACCUGCGAGCUUGCAGUCUAAAAAAAACAGGAUACGCAAGGGAAAAGAGACAAGGGAGGGAAGAGGAAAAGCAAAACUGUAGUAAAGUUGCCCCCAGCCGCUCGCUCCUCCCUCACCUGCCUUGGCUCACCGGCCAGAUCAGGUUUCUUGAACAGGGCUGGCAGGCAACGUUACGUUAUACAGAAGCAGGACAAAAUCACACCGGUAGAGCUGCCACCACUCCCUCUGUUCCGGGAAACCUAGAGUCACAACCCAGGGAGUAGGCUGUACCCUGUUGUUACUGGUUAUCCCCACUCCACAAGUUGAAUCCACAAACUUGCAGACAGAAGUUUUACGGUAAAGCGUAACUAAGCGUAAGGCUAGGACUUAGACUUUCCCCCCGGAAAGGCACACAAACCAAAACAGUUUCUUAAUUAAAAUUUAUUUUAAAAGAACAUAAGAAAACAUGCUAAAAUAGCAGGCACAUCUUUAGUAAGUUACAGACAAGAAAAAUAAAAACAUUGUGAAAUCUAGCUAGCUUGCAUACUCACAACUAAAGUACAAAAGAAAUAGAUAGAGUCCUUUCAAGGUUCCGCAGUUCAAAGGCUUUCGCAGUUCUCCAUCACAAAGGAGGUAAAGACAGCUACUUAGAUGGAACAUCAGCAGCCGGGCGAUUUGCGGAUUGCAGAGCGCACUUUCUCAGCCAUUUCCCAGGUCUUUUAACCCUGAUUCACACGUGGCGUCGGAACCCCCAAAACCAAUCAUAACUCUUGAUUAUUUUUAAAUUCUCCAAUGACCGGCUUGUGGACUAAUCAAUCUAACUUCUGGCAGCUGGGCCAAUUAAGAACCCAGAGCCUCAAUCAAAGGUUGUCCUCCCUUCCUUGGCGCCUCUGCAGAUGCACAUUCCCAGGCCAUUAAGGCCAGAUAACAUCACUAACGGAAUGCGCAGAACUUGGACCCAGGUGUCAAGCCUUCCAUUAAAUCAGGGGUUUCCUCUCCCAUAAUAAAACUUUCACACCCUGGGUGCCUGUUAGUCUGGGGUUAAAGGGACAGAACUUAUUUCCCAUGGUCCUUGUGGCUUGUUGGUUACCCACAAGGCCUCACUCUCAUUGCUUGACCAAGGAACAGCUUCUAAAUGAUACUAGCUUUACUACACCCUCCUCCUAAGAUGAAAUUACAGGGUUAAGUCCCGCAAUUUCAUCCAACAAAAUAUAUACAUUGAGGUAGUUGGACCAGUCUGGGGGGGCAGCAGCUCCCAAAAUCAUUAGCACCAUCCCCCAGUCUGAUAUUUACACAGUUUCAAGACAAUAAUCACCAAUAGUUUUUUUUUCCAGCUGAGGAUUCAGGCAAAAUACACCUUAAUACUUCAUUUAACAGAUUGAUACAUCCUAGACAAGGUAUCAGCAACCACAUUGUCCUUCCCAGCAAUAUGUGUGACGUUAAACUGGAAGUCCUGUAAGGCUAGACUCCACCGAAGCAAUUUCUGGUUGGAUGCCUUUACUCUCUCCAGCCAACAAAGUGGGGAGUGAUCCGUUUGAACUUCAAAGAUGUUGCCCCACAGAUAAGAACGCAGUUUGGUCAGAGCCCAGACCAAAGCAAAACACUCUUUCUCAAUGGCUGAAUAAUUUUGCUCCCGGGUUACCAGUUUUUUACUCAGGUAAACCACGGGACGCCAAUUUCCCUCUUGAUCUUCUUGGAGCAAAACUGCUCCCAGCCCGGUCUGACUGGCAUCAGUUUGUACCACAAACGGACGUCUCUGAUCUGGGGCCAACAUAACCUGGGAACUCACAAGGGCAUGUUUUAACAGAUCAAAAGCCCGUUGACACUCUUCAGUCCAAUCUACUUUCACUGGCAAAGAUUUCUUACAACGGUUGGUAAGAGGAGCAGCUAAUGUGGCAAAAUGAUUGACACCCUUCCUAUAAUAAUUUACCAACCCUAUGAACGACUGCACAUCUUGUUCCACCACGGGGCGGGGCCAAUCUUGAAUGUAUUGCACCUUGGCCUCUAGAGAUUUGACGUUUCCUGACCCCACCCUGAAUUCCAAGGGAAUCACUUCUCCUUGAGCAAACUGACAUUUAUGUUUCUUUCUGGUCAGGUUUGGAUCUUGCACUCGAGCCAAGACACUCUGCACAUGCUUAAGGUGUUUUGGCCACAAAUCAGAAAGAAUCAACUUAACUUCUUCCAAUCCCUCCCAUUUUCCUCUGAGCAUACCCAAAGAAUCUUCUAGGGGUUUGCCAAAACCCAACACAAACUCUGAAUUCCUUGAGUAGAUUUCAACCAAAACUCCCAACAGAUUUUGAACACAGGGAUUGGGCAACAUGGAAUUCCAAGCAAACCUGAAAACAUUUUUGCUCAUAACAUCAUCAUCCUGUUUCCUAGGACUGAGAUUCUGUAAAAGACCCACCAAAUUCAAUUUCUUCUUUACACAAACAUUUGCAUCAUAAAACAUCUUUUGAAAAGCAAUAAACACAUCAUCAGGGUCUUUAAAGUCCUUGAGCUGUGGGUAAAGAAAUUCUUUGUCAGCCCCAACAGAGAUAAAUUCAGUCUCACCAGGGGAGUUUCUGCAGCUUCCCGGCAACCUAGGAGAGAAUGACCAAAAAACUCAAAACUUCCUACAGCGGCUUGACUGGGCUGGGCUGACCCCCCUCCUUCUGCUUGCCUCUCAGCUUUUGGUUGAUAGGGACCGCUUGCAUAGUUCACAGUCUCUGCUACUAGGUUUGCUGCAAGCUGCUGCAACGGAACUGCAGAUUUCAAAGCAUUUCCCCACAAUGAAAUUUGCACUAACUUGGGUUUCAAGACCUGGAAAAAAUGGACCCCCCAUAAAUACUUUGGAGGUAAGCACAUCAGCUGUUGCUGGUUGGGGAAUUAAAUUUCCCCACCAGAAUUACUCUUCUGGAAGUCAGGCUGGUUCCAUUGGGACAAAACUGAGUCUUUUGGUAAAGUCCCGGUAACAGAGUCCAUACUUUGAAAAGAAGGCACAACAACUCGAUGAACCCUGGGGAUUACGUCAGACGCUGAGCAGGGCCAAUUAACACAGGGAGUGGCAGUGCGUAUUAAGCCAACCCUCCUCCCAACCAAUUUCUCAGAUACUGCAGUCUCAACAGUCCCAGUAGUUUCGGGAGUUAUAGCAUCAGGCGCUAGACUUCCACCUUCCCCAUCCGGGACAAGAUUCUCCUCAGCCCUCAAACCUUGAGGUGUUGUUCCCCAGUUCUCCAUCCCCUGUACCUGGGUGGGUGAAACCUUAAUGGAACAAAUGUUGACUGUAUGUUGUUGCUGGUGAACCCGGUAUCCCAAAUCAUUACCAACCAGGACAGGACUUUUACACAUCUUCGGGUCAUGCACUAUAACUAACAUUUUUCCUUGAAAACCCAUAUACGAAAUUGGAAUAAUAGCAGUAGGUUGAAAAAUCUCUUUCACCCCAUAGGGACUAAUUUUCAUGGGUUUAUCCUGCAUUUGUAUAGGCAUAACCAAAUCACGGGACACACUGGUAAUAUCUGACCCUGUGUCUCUGAAAGAGUUCACAGCAAUCCCGUUGACUUCAAUGGGCGCUGUAAACUUCGAAAUAGCCCACUUCACAUGCGGCGCAUUUGGAUCAGCACUGGUACCCACAGGUCCCACUAUAACAGCAUUAGAAGUGGCUUCAGCUGUUCCAGGAGCCAUAACGUCAGGAGCUGCCACACCCUUCCCAUCCAGGAUCGGGGUUUCCCCAGCUCCGGCUUUUUGUUGUUCCCCUUCCCAGUCCUCUUCCUGCCGCUGAAUCAGGUGCACGGCAGGGGUGGAAGUGAGAAUAGGAGGCUUUUGGCUACCCAGCUGGGGGCAAGCUGCUUUUACAUGCCCCGGUUGUUUACAAAAGAAACACAAUCCAGAGGUUGGGGACAAUUUGGUACGUUCUCCCCCUACUACAACAGAGUCUUUUGCAGACGUCAGGAAACCUUUGCUUUGUUCCUUAAUGGGGGGAGCAGACUUCCCCAUUGAAACUGCUGGUUUACACACAUUACUUGGUCCCUUGUUGGUCCAAUGGGAGCGGUUAAGCCUAAAAGACUCAGCAAAGGUGGUGGCUUCCGUUAGAGUUCGUGGCUUUUGGUCUGCAACCAGACUAGCAAUUUCUGAGGGCAGGGAACGCAUCAGUUGUUCAAUUAAUAUAAGCUGUUUGAAUCCUUCAAAGUCCCCCACCCCUUCGGCGGCAAGCCACAGUUCGAAGUUUUGAGCCAUUUUUGCUGAGAAAACUGCAAUAUUAUCACUGAGCCCCGACUUCUCUACUUUUCGAAAAGCCUUUCGAUAAUUCUCGGGGUGCAAUCCAUGCCUCUGCAUGACUAACUUUUUGAAACUUUCAUAGUCAUUGAGUUCAGAUGAGGGGAGGUGACCCAUAAGCUCUGCCAGGUCACCACAAACUAGGGGGCGCAGAACAGCCAUAUACAUAGUUGGAGCAACUCCCAUGUCCUUGCAAGUUACUUCAAAAAGAGUCAGAUAACUCAGAACGUCAGUGGGGGGCUGAUAUUUCGGGAAGACCCUCCAAUUAAGAGUACUCAAAGACAGUCCUGGAGGGGACUGUUGGCGGUGAUUUCCCCUCACUGGAACAAGUUCAUACCUCGGCGCAGGGUUUUGAAACACCGGCCCUUCCGGGCGUACCGGUUCAGCUGCCGUUGCGAAUCCACGCUUGGGUCGCUGAAAAAACUCCUCCUCUUCCUCUGCCACAUACCGUCGCACCGGCACGUACACCUCUUGAGCUCUGACUGGCGAGUAGACUCUACCCGGACUGAGUGACCGCUGUCUCUCCAUCCGGCGGACGUCGGGCGCGCCCGCUUCUCGGCGGCAGUCUCCCACAGUCACCUCCUGCAGCUGGUGCGGCAGAUCUUUGUAGUCAUACGCCAUCCGGCUGACUCUCGGCCCCAUCAGGAUGGAUUGGCCCAUUUUUGGAUGUUUCUCUCGGCAACGGAAUCCACCAUUCACCGGAUCUCGCAUCCACUCCACAUCAUAACCCUCUGAGAAAUCCAUCUCUUUAGGCUCUGUGUAAACAAGAUAGUUCCCCCUCGGACGUGUGGAGGCAUCCACUUCCUCACGAGGCGAUGGGGGUUGGGUAACUGGCGUGCCCCUUGCUCUUUCCGCAAUACAGGACUCUCGCCGACCCCUCCGGACAGUACUUAACUCGCUGGCAUCCACCAGCUCCCCCUCUGAAUCAGGGUCUUCUGAAAACCAGGGGGCGGAUUCCGCUCUGGGACUUAAAGCUUGGGGGGGAUUGGUCUCCACAGGAAGGGAACUGCUUCCUCCCACCAAUCCCCACUGGUCUAAUGUCUGCAAGGUGCAUUCCUGCGACGACGCGGCAUCCAUCUCCUAACUAUCUCUAGCCAAAAAAAUAAACUACCUGUAACUCCCAAAAGAUACGUGCCAAUUUAAAAAAAUUCAAAGUGCCUUUCCGCAGGGAAGCUCGAUCCCACCGCUGCCACCAUGUAGUAAAGUUGCCCCCAGCCGCUCGCUCCUCCCUCACCUGCCUUGGCUCACCGGCCAGAUCAGGUUUCUUGAACAGGGCUGGCAGGCAACGUUACGUUAUACAGAAGCAGGACAAAAUCACACCGGUAGAGCUGCCACCACUCCCUCUGUUCCGGGAAACCUAGAGUCACAACCCAGGGAGUAGGCUGUACCCUGUUGUUACUGGUUAUCCCCACUCCACAAGUUGAAUCCACAAACUUGCAGACAGAAGUUUUACGGUAGAGCGUAACUAAGCGUAAGGCUAGGACUUAGACUUUCCCCCCGGAAAGGCACACAAACCAAAACAGUUUCUUAAUUAAAAUUUAUUUUAAAAGAACAUAAGAAAACAUGCUAAAAUAGCAGGCACAUCUUUAGUAAGUUACAGACAAGAAAAAUAAAAACAUUGUGAAAUCUAGCUAGCUUGCAUACUCACAACUAAAGUACAAAAGAAAUAGAUAGAGUCCUUUCAAGGUUCCGCAGUUCAAAGGCUUUCGCAGUUCUCCAUCACAAAGGAGGUAAAGACAGCUACUUAGAUGGAACAUCAGCAGCCGGGCGAUUUGCGGAUUGCAGAGCGCACUUUCUCAGCCAUUUCCCAGAUCUUUUAACCCUGAUUCACACGUGGCGUCGGAACCCCCAAAACCAAUCAUAACUCUUGAUUAUUUUUAAAUUCUCCAAUGACCGGCUUGUGGACUAAUCAAUCUAACUUCUGGCAGCUGGGCCAAUUAAGAACCCAGAGCCUCAAUCAAAGGUUGUCCUCCCUUCCUUGGCGCCUCUGCAGAUGCACAUUCCCAGGCCAUUAAGGCCAGAUAACAUCACUAACGGAAUGCGCAGAACUUGGACCCAGGUGUCAAGCCUUCCAUUAAAUCAGGGUUUCCUCUCCCAUAAUAAAACUUUCACACCCUGGGUGCCUGUUAGUCUGGGGUUAAAGGGACAGAACUUAUUUCCCAUGGUCCUUGUGGCUUGUUGGUUACCCACAAGGCCUCACUCUCAUUGCUUGACCAAGGAACAACUUCUAAAUGAUACUAGCUUUACUACAAAAACUUAGGUGCCAGUUUCUAAAGAGUCAUUCUUUAGAAUGCGCAGUUCAGGGGCAGGAGGCACCAGAUGGAGCUGGGCUUCCUAUCUCUCCUGUCCCACCUGGAAUGGCAUCCCCCAGUUGACAGCUGAAGGGAGAGUUCCCUUUUCAAGGUGAGCUCUAUAACAAAAGCAUCAAACUGUGACAUUUAUCCCUACCUGUUUGUGCUUUCCCCACAGCCAGCGGUAAAAUUGCUGUACAACAGAAGUAACAACAAGUACUCCUACACCAGGUAAAAGCUUUCACCUUCUGGGACUUCCGGGGUGGCGCCACCGGCAAUGGCGGACUCCCUCUGAACUGGAGGGACUAGCUCCGCGGAAAACAGGUCUUCUCCGCUACGGCGAAGCGGGGACCCACUUAAAAAUCACAGGCGGAUGAAGCCUGUGACCAUGGGACUCGGCGGGCACCUUUAGCGCCCCCCCCAACCCGCUAAGGAACCCACUAACGGGCUCCAAAGUGAAGAGGGGGAAGUGGCGCGGUGCUGUGAGUCAACUGCUAUUUCCGUGGAGCGAAGCCGCAUAGCUGUUGCCGGAAAGCGCUGCCUUUUUCCUGGGAUAAUUUGGACUUUAAAAUAAGCACCCGUGAGUACUUAGACUUUGAACAAUUGGACACUAAAUAAGGACUUGCGAGUAGAAAAGAAUCGGACUUUAAAAAUUUACUUGAAUUUGGUACGGAACGGGAAGGUCUAAACAGGAAGUCAUCCUUCCGUUCUUUUGUAAACAGAAUAAAGCAAAGGCAAUUUAAACUAGAGCUCAGAAAAUCGCUUUUAAAAGAUUGGAUUUCACCAUUUAAAAUUGUGGAACCCCCCUUCGACAGCAGGAGAAGGGGGGGAUCUUUUUGGACUGUUUAAAGUGACUUUAAAGUGAAGUAACUUUCCUCUGUCCUGAUCCUGGAGCAGGCUGUCAGGACUGACGUGUGAAGUUCAUUGACCAAAGACAAGUGUUUUUGACAGAUGGCUAAAAGAAGAGAAACCUAGUGAUUCCACUGUUCCCUUUCGCAUUUUAUUACAGAAAGAUAAGGUCAAGGAUUUGCUGAGAUAAUUAAUAACUAGGAUACAAAGAAAGGGAGGAGGAGGAGGUCUAAGAAAGAAGGUAAUGACAGUUAAGGAUUUGAAAAUAAUGAAUUUGUUUUUAAAUGUUUUUAAAGUUUUGUGAUUUUUGCAUUCUUCUUUUUUUCUGUCAUUUUUUCUCAUUUGGAAUUUUGUCGUACAUGGUGGGAAGGGGUUGGUUUUUUUUCCUCGUUUUUUUUUCUAUCUUGUCAAUUAUUUUUAUCCUUUGUACUCUCUUAUGCUUCUAUUUUAUUUUUUUCUCUUUUUUGUAACAUUUUGAAAAUCUCAAUAAAUAUCUUUAAAAAAAAAAAAGCUUUCACCUUCUGCACCCAGGGAAGGUUUAUAAGGCCAUUUUCUUUUUCUUUUUUAAAGAUAUUUAUUGAAAUUUUCAAAACGUUACACAAAAGAGAAAAAUAAAAUAGCAACAGCAGAAAGUACAAAAUAAAAAUAGUUGACAAAGUAGAAAAGGAAAAAAAGAAACAAACCCCUUCCCACCAUACGAGUAAAAAAUUCAAAAUGAGAAAAAGUGACAGAAAGAAAAAAGAAAAAUACGAAAAUACAUCACAAACCUUAAAAAACAUUUAAAAACAAAUUCAUUGUAUUCAGAUCCUUAACUGUCAUUGCCUUCUUUCUUAGACCUCCUCCUCCCUUUCUUUGUAUCCUAGUUAUUAAUUAUCCCAGCAAAUCCUUUCCAUAUUUCAUAAUAUUCUGUCAUUGCAUUACCCUAAUCUGUUUUAAUCUUAUCUUUCUAUAAUAAAAUAAACCUUAAAGCUUAAAACUUAAAUCUUAUCCUUACCAGCUUCUCAUAACCAUAAUAUUCUUUCAUAGUUCUUUAAACAUCUUUGCUAAGCCAAGUAAUUUCAUUCCAACAUUUUUCUAACAUUCAUCAAUUUUAUAAAACAGUUCUAAUGGUAGAGAAAAGAGAUACAAACAAAUCCAAUCUUCAUCCAACGUCCCUUCCUCCUGGUUCCGGGUUUUGUCAGUCCUUCUUCCCGUCGAUCUGGCCCAUUAACCUGGCAGCCUUAUAUCCGAGGCCCUCAAGUCUCUUCCAUGUCCCUUCCGCGGCUCUUCUUCAUAUUUGUAACUGUAUUUUCCCUUGUCUCCUGCUCGUGGUAACUCCAGCUUGACAAUGUUUUUGACCCUUCUCGACGGAUCAGCCCCUUUUCCAUUUUCAACACUGAAUUCCAUGUAGUAUUUAAAAGCAUGUUUCAAAGACCCUCCAAAAUUAAGAGCCCCCACAGUCCCAAACAUCUCACGGCCCAUUGCCUUAUUUGAAAAGUCCAAACAUCCCAACAGGGGGGGUCAAUCCAGCCCCCCAUUUCCAAACCAAGCCAAACUUUUCCUUUCCAAAUCUGGCUUUUCCAAGUUCAUUUGUCAAAUCCGAAAACUCAUAUUCCUGUUGGGCCUGUUCUGUCAAGACACACUCCUGAUUUAAUUCCUGAGUGGGCUCCACAUAUUUUCCCACUGUCUGUUCAAAGUUUCCCACUGCCUGUUCAAAAUUUCUAGUCGAAGUCGCCAUCCAGCUCACCUUCUCGUGUAAUUGUUCCAGUAGGGCAUUUGUUUUAUAGAGAGCACACAACAAAGCUUCUGAAUACAUUGUCCUCCAAGGUCAGAUGCCUUUUCCCACGGUUGUAAUCUGUGACAGCUGCCGGCUCCCUGGAGUUAGUUACAGUUUCACAGACUCCCCCUAGGGGGAAGACUUCUAUUUGUUCUUGCAACAAAGUUUCCUUUUUUAAGAUACUUUGUCCAUAUAUAUUCCUUUAAAAUACGAAAGGGAACAGUGGAGUCACUAUGUUUCUCUUCUUUUAGCUGUCUGUCAAAAACACUUGUCUUUGGUCAAUGAACUUCACAUGUCAGUCCUGACAGCCUGCUCCAGGAUCAGGACGGAGGAAAGCUACUUUACUUUAAAGUCACUUUAAACAAUCCAAAAAGAUCCCCCCCUUCUCCUGCUGUCAAAGGGGGGUUCCACAAUUUUAAAUGGUGAAAUCCAAUCUUUUUAAAAACGAUUUUCUGAGCUCUAGUUUAAAUUGUCUUUGCUUUAUUCUGUUUACAAAAGAACGGAAGGCUGACUUCCUGUUUAGACCUUCCUGUUCCGUACCAAAUUAGAGUAGAAUUUUUAAAAUCCAAUUCUUUCCUGCUCGCUAGUCCUUAUUUGAUGUCCAAUUAUUCAAAGUCUAAGUACUCACGGGUGCUUAUUUUAAAGUCCAAAUUAUCCCAGGAAAAAGGCAGCGCUUUCCGGCAACAGCUAUGCGGCUUCGCUCCAUGGAAAUAGCAGUUGACUCACAGCACCGUGCCACUUCCCCCUCUUCACUUCAGAGCCCGUUAGUGGGUUCCUUAGCGGGUUGGGGGGCGCUAAAGGUGCCCGCCGAGUCCCAUGGUCACAGGCUUCAUCCGCCUGUGAUUUUUAAGAGGGUCCCCGCUUCGCCGUAGCGGAGAAGACCCGUUUCCCGCGGAGCUAGUCCCUCCAGUUCAGAGGGAGUCCGCCAUUGCCGGUGGCGCCACCCCGGAAGUCCUAUAAGGCCAUUUUCAAUGCCCCGUGGGAGCUGAUGAAACAAAGUGUGGAGGCGGGGAAUGGAGUUUUGACUAAAAGUAGAGUUAGUGGGAGCAGGGGUUUAAAAGAGGCCCCUGGAAACUGGAAGGUGUCCUCAUUCCUGUCCUGUUGGCUCAGCAACUCCGAUGACAACAUGCUGAAGAACAUUGAGCUGUUUGACAAGCUUUCGCUGCGCUUCAAUGGGAGGGUCCUCUUCAUCAAGGAUGUCAUUGGGGACGAGAUUUGCUGCUGGUCUUUCUACGGACAGGGGCGCAAGAUAGCGGAAGUCUGCUGCACGUCCAUUGUGUAUGCCACGGAAAAGAAGCAGACCAAGGUGAGUCUUGUUGCUGUUGCUUCCUUGACAACACCCACCCACUCCCCAAAAUGAUAUGUAUAAGGUAGGUCAGUGCAGACAAAACCAAGCACUUGAGCUUGCCCCUGCAACCCUCUUCUUCUCUCCCCUCUGCCCCACCCCCCACCCCCAACAUAGCCGGGUUGCAAAGUUCUUCCAUGCCUAGGCAAGAGGGCCCGGGGGAAGAAGCUUCCUGCCAGACUGCUGACUGAGGAUGGUUUAGGGAACAUGUUGGGUCACAGUUAAAACAACGUCACUGGCUACCAGUCUAUUUCUAGGCACAAUACGGUGCUGGUGAUAACUUAUGAAGCCCUCUAUGGUUGGGCCCAGGCUACCUGAAAUAUCAUCUCUCUCUCUCUCUCUGUGAACCCACCCAAGUGCUAAGAUCCUCAGGUGAGCACCUUCUCUUGGUCCCAUCAGAGGCACACUGGUGGUGACCCAGGAGUGGCUGCUCCCAUAUUGCAGGAUUCCCUCCCAAAAGAGGCUAGAUGGGCUCCUUCUUUGUCAUCCUUCCACUGGCAGGCUCAGAGCUUCCUGUUCCAGUGGGCCUCUGGAAAUGGAGGUGCAGGCGGAGCUCAGGCUGGGCAGAUGUCAGGGCAAACUGUAGUUUAACUGCUGGCUCUAAACAGGGUCUGGUGUAUUUUAACUCUUGGUUUUUAUCUAAUUUGUUUUCCUUUGUAUUUUAUAAUGAUGUUUUAAAAUGUAAGUUGCCCUGAAUUCCAGCUUGGGAGAAAGGAAUUCCUCUUAACCUCCCUCUGCUUGGGGUGUCCAGGUUGAAUUCCCAGAAGCCCGUAUCUACGAGGAGACAUUAAACAUUCUGCUUUAUGAAGCCCAAGAUGGACGAGGCCCUGACAACGCGCUGCUGGAAGCGACUGGAGGGGCAGCUGGCCGCUCGCACCACCUGGAGGAGGACGAGGAGCGGGAGCGCAUUGAGCGGGUCCGCAGGAUCCACAUCAAGCGCCCGGACGACCGCACUCACCUGCACCAGUGAGAGAGAGACAGAGAGAGAGAGAGAGAAGCCAGCCUCAGCCCACAGUCCUGUUGGGGCAAAAUCUCCGUCCAGGCUCACUCCAGUGGCUGCCAGGCACCUAACUUAUAUUCCAUGCGGUCUAUAAACUGUUAUUUUAUAAACAAGUUAGAGUAUUUUUGGUAUGGAACACAAUAGUUUUAUCAUGAAAAUCCACGAGGUGUCCAGCUUCACAGCAAUCCUGUGGACUCGCUCCAGCCUCUGGGAAUCAAUGCCUGUCUUGGUUUAUCCAGCACUUCUUGUUCUUGCUCUCUCGUGCCUUGAGGAAUCUUCCUUCUGCAGGGGCAUUUUGCAAAGGCAGCCUCCCCCCCACCUGGUGCUCUCUGGGAGCUUUGGACUCACAGCUCCCAUCCUAAUGGAGUUGUAGUCCAAAGCCCUCUGGAAAGGGCUUUGUUGCUGGGGAUGGCUGUGCUAGCAAAACAAAGAUGUUGCCUGCCCUCUCCAUCUCACUCAAGUCCAGGGUUCAAGAAAAGCAGCUCAACUUCCACACACCUUCCACUUUCUCUUCCUGAAAGUUAAAACGGGAGAGAUGAGCUGCCUCUCAAUUCAUGCACUGUGACAAAAUCUACAGUAGAAACCUCUUUGCUUGCUUUGGCACCAGGUUGCUAAUUUCCUAAGUGCAGGUGUAACUUGUCUGUGAACAGAGACAGGGGCACUUUGAGGAAAAGGACACAACAUACUUCUAGGAUGGAAGGAUAAUCCUUCCGUUUCCCUCUUUCUUUUUGGACAUGGGCAGAGGAGAGGUGGUCCUCUCUUGGCCACUCUUUAGGGAAAUGUACCUGCAGCAGGGCCAAAGUGUUGUCUUGCCUCUUCCUAAGUUAACAUUUGGUUACUGUUUGUUUGUUUGUUUGUUUUUUCAUGCUGUGACAGUUUUUCCACAACAAAAGUCCAAGCAAUGCCUCUUCCCAUUUCAGGCAGGCUUUUACAAUUCUCGUUUUCCCACCCACUUCCAUGCAGACAAACCCUGCUGAUUUUGGGAGCGCAUCUGUUUCUCCUUCCAUCCGUCCCAUCUUGGGUGUGUAAGUUGCUCUUGCCUGUUUUGUAGGUGGGACAGAAACAAAAAUGUGAACUUGCCAUGCCACUGUCUUUGCUGUGCCCUGCUCUCUUCUUUUGUAACCCAAAGCAUGUCUCAAAAGUGAGAGAACCUACAGCACAGGGUGGGGAGAGCAAGGGGCUGUCCUGCGUAUCCCUCCAGCCCCAGCCCCAAAGUAUCAGAUGCAGCUUUUGCAAAAGCCCUACCCCACCAGAUUUUCUCCCAGGUCAUGUAGGCUCAUGUGCAUAUGUAAAGCCUCAGUCUUACUACUCAGGAGGUGGGAGGCAGUUUAGAGGAGCACCUUCCAUAUACGAGAAUACAUUCUGUGUGUGUUGAGGCAGGAUGCACGAUUAUCACCCCUUUUAAAUCUACCUCUGCACAAUUUCUCUUUUACUUCCGUUAGGAAGCAGAUUAACCAGAAAUCUGUAAUGUUGCGUUUGGGACUGAAGUAGCAGGAAAGCCAAAGCAUCAAGCUGUUUGCUGAAGCUUAGAGGAGCCCUCCCUGGCCUGGCACCCUCCAGAGGGGUGGACUACAACUCCCAUCAGCCACAGGAUCACAUGGCUAUCCUGGUUGGGACUUAUGGGAGUUGUAGUCAAACCCAUUUGGAGGGUGCCAGGCCAGAGAAGGCUGAAGUAUUAAUACGCUAUCAAAGUCUCACUCGGCUCAUUCCUUUUUGUGUGUUUGGGUCUCUGUCUCAUCUUCCCACAGUCAAUGCAGCCCCUCAGCUGCAACUUUCUCCCUUUGCAGGAGAGAAAAAAGGCACUGGUUGGUGGUCUUAUUUAUCCCAUUUCAUGCCUGUCACUUGUGCAGCAUAAAACAUUGUGGAACAAAAUGGUGUGUCAUGAUGGCGCUCUGGAUGCUCCCAACUCCACAUCAUCUUGGAGGAUUCAUUGUUAAAAACAUGUUUAAGUAUUAUAGUGACAUCGCUGUAAAACUUGCUCAGUAUUUUGACAUCCUUAAUAUGUUACAGCUAAGUUUAUCUGGGAGUUGUAGUUCAAGGAAGGCACUUAAGAAACUUCUCCGGCAAGAGUCUGAUAACUUCCUCUCUUUAUUCUUGUUGUGUACAGCCUAAUUGGGGGGGGGGGCAAUCCUCACAUUUUUUGGAAGUGUAAGAAAGAAAUUGUGUCUGCAGUUAUGGGACAGGAUGGUGGAUUCCUGUGAAGCCUUUGCUUCUAGCAUCCUACCUUGCUCUUACGAAUGUGGAAGAACUGAGCCUGCUACACACAGAUCCCCAAAGGUAACUGUUGUUUCCAGGAUGGGGUGCUUAUAAUCCCACAUCAAAGGGAAGCAGUUUCCUCUUCCUGUCAGCCAAUCAAUUUUGUAACAUCAGCUCUGCGCAUUAAGAUCACCUUUCCUUGCCCGUCUUUUAGUUUGACGGUUUGGAAAUAAGCAAGUGAGUGCCGGUGGUUUUAGCUUCCUGGGGCCAGAGGAAGGGGUGGGGUGCAGUUGCCUUCCUCUCCCUGUUCAGUUCUCUGAGCUUUUUAAAAAAAUGCUCUUCAAUAGAGGGAAGUGCUCUUUGUUUCAAUGUCCAGGGCUGAGUGCAUCUUUCAAGAUAAUCCAUUUCUUCGGUGAGACUUUUGUUUUCAGGAAAAAGUGGGAUCAGUGAAGAAGGGAGGCUGCACAUCAGCUGCCAGUGAAUUCUGCACUGUUCAGUAUCAGAACAAGGAAUAAGGUACUUCUCCUUGGUACAAACAAGACACCUAUGUGGCCAUGGAAGGUUUAGGUGGUUAAAUCUAGCUGUAGUAUUUGCUGCCCCAGGUUCCCUGUAGGCCAAAGGUGGUCCCUUCUCCUCCUCAAUUGUUCCCAUGUGGGGGCACAGUGAGAGGUGCUUUUUCAUUCUCCCACCUGCAACCAGGAAGCAUCCUGACAAUCCUGCAGACUUGUUUCCUUUAAAGUAGAAGCCUGACAGUCUUGCUACUUUUACCGUGCCAGCAGGGUGUUAACUUCCAGACACAAACUAUAGAGCAUGAGCUAGAGGUGCAAGGAAAAAGUAGCCCAGCUGCCCCCAAAGUCAUGUGCAGCGGUAAAAGCCCUUUAUAAGUGGAAGGUGAAGGGGCAGCAGAAUGGGUGGCUGUACCUUGCAUGAAGCACUUCAGCUGCCUGAGCAAUGGAUUUUGUGUCCUGAAAUGAAGCCUUGCUGUGGUUGACGAGUGUGGCGAAGGAGCCUUCAAGUGCACAUCUGUGUGGGGAAGCAGUCUCCUGCAGCGAGGUUAGAGGCCAUGACUGACAGCGGCAGAGGAAGCCGCUCGGGCACCUGGGGCGAGCCGUCCAUAGGGGCAGGGUGGACCACAGGGCCUCUGGAGUCUGCCUGCCCCCUCCCACUCUGCUGCCCUACAGCUGGGGGGGGGAGGCAGCGGGCAGACCAUUAGGACAGCGCGGAGCCUGCACGCACCCAAGCCACCGUGUUUCUCCCAGGCCCCGCGGUGAGUGCUGCCCAGCAUUUUGUCACCCCCCUCAGUGGUGACACCCGGGGGCACUCCACACCCACUGCACCCCCCCUUCCUCCACCCCUGGCUGCGGGAACAAGCUGCCAGCUGCAUCCAGUGACAAGCACUUUUAAGAGCAGCAGUGGACCCUUCCUCUGUCGUCAGCAGCAGCAGCAGCAGAAAUUCUCCCCCACAGCUUCAAUUUCACAGCCUUCAUUCCAAUGCUACAAGGUAAUAUUUGCAGAGCAGAGCAAAGUUUCUAUGUUUAAGUCUGUAUGUAUGUAUUUUAUGCAGGUCUGAAAAUAUGCAGAAUAAAUAGGCAUUUUGCCAAUUUCCAACUUGU